CAGAAGUUGCUACAUGAGAGUUUGAGAUUUGUAACAAUGAGCAUUGGUCAUGCUGCUCACGUGCUCAGUAAAGUAUGCCAGACAAGAAAUCAAUUGGAAUAAAUCGAUCCGCAUUCAGAACAUCUCCUCAUAUUGCAGUUGCGAAAGCCAAAGGAAGCAGUGCGUCAUUUUGGAGAAAAUCUACAUUACAGAGAAAUUAAAAUGUCCGAGAAGAAUGUUGUUCGUAUUCCCAUGAAAUGGGGAAGAAUAGAAAGGAAAUUCUAACACAGAAUACUAUUCCCGAACUUGUAGACACAAACCGUCUCAUCAGUUGGGUAAAAGAAUGCAACCUGGCAGACGAGGCUCUCGUCACAAAAUACAUGAACGUGAUAAGACCGUACCAUUUUUCUAGACUCGUGUUUCCAAUUUUGCCGGACAAGGAUGUUUGUCGGGAGGCAUUUGCUGUCUUCAUAGAAUUUCUUAUUGUACUUUAUUUAUGUGAUGAUGAACUCGAGGCAAAGUGUAAUCUGAAUGAGUUAGAGAUAGUUUGCAGCGCCUAUGAUUUCUUAGAUGAAAAAUUAAAACAAUGUUUCCCUAGAAUUCCUUCUGUUGAAGAGCUCAGAUCGUUUCUGCCGCAUGUGAAGAAAGAAAGACUUCUUGCCCUUGUAGUAAGUUUGAUAGACAGCGUCAGUCGCGUCGUUUCUCCACUGCUUAAAUACAGUGUUUUUCCACAAGAGAGCGUGUUUGACUUUCGCUGUCGCUUCGCUCACUCCUUGGGCUACAACUUGAAAGGGGUUCUGCACGAGAAAAAAAUGUUAGGCGGCGUGUCGGAAAACAAGUUAUUAUGGCGAAGAAUAUUUGAAGGAGCACCUAUCACUUUUCUUAUGUACCUUGAGAUCUCGUCGCUCUCCGUAACAGGAACCAACAAGCAUAUUCCUAUUGCUACAGAAAUGUACAUCCUGUCGUCUUUGUGCUGCAUGGUGACCAACGACGUCUAUUCUUAUCAUCGCGAAUGUAAUGAAGGCCUGAAAGUUGACAAUAUCAUAAGUCUUUGGCUUCACAAUAAGCAAAUAGCAAGCGUGGCAGAGGGGUCAAAUUGCUUUGAUUGAACCAAUUUUGGAACAUGAAAAAAGGAGACUUAUAUUUCUUAUUGUUGAACUGAUGAUUUGUGCCGUAUCAUUCAGUUUUUCAAAACAACAGCAAAUUUCAAACUAUUAUUAAUGCCUUAUUGAUAUAUACGAACAAUAUAAUACGAUAACUUUAAAGAAAAUGUGAUAGAUUUUUUCUUAACUUUUUAUGCAGAUAAAUUUUCUGACGUAUA